UUGCAGUCUACGGAAUAACACUUAAGAAAACUUUAACAAGUAUACUCGGAAAAUAAAGAAAAAUUGAAGAGAUAUUCAAAAUAAAGAAAGAAAAACGAAUGGUAUUGGUAUAAAUAGUUUAGGGACACUUUUAUAAGCGAUAUCAUCCUGAUGAUGUCUCAUUCGAAGCAGAGAAGAUUUCGUUAAUUAGAUGUUCAUAUUUAUCAUGGAAUGCGACUUUGCUAUUAAUUGCAGAACGUUGCGGCUAUGAAGAGACUGGGAAAGACCCAAGGUUCUUAUGAAGCAGCAUUAAUCUCAACCUUAACCAAAAUUCUGUUACCAAACCGUUGCAGAGAGGUCCAAUAACUGCGGCCUAAAGUACCGGCAUCAGGUAGAAGCACGGGUAAUCAAAGUAAAAUUUCCCGUCAGAAAGACUUCAGCAGAAAAUAAAUUGUUGGGUUGGAAACAAAGGACGAUAUAGAGGUUAAUACAAAAAGAAAGAUUCAUUGCUUCCUGCAGGAUUGAUUCAUUUUCAAGUCAUAGAACAAUGGAGAAACCUUCGCCUUGUAAAUCCAGACCACAUUCAGCUGCAAAUACUCCCAAAGUUCCAAUUAGAUCAUCAACGAUUGAGAAAGUCGAAAGGCAAAGAAAACAAAGCAAAUUACAAGAGCACAGAAGAGAGCACGUUGCUCAAUUGGACAAAAAUAAGGAAGUUAAUGUGAUUAACGAACAACAUCAGAAAGCUGAUAAUGAAAUUUCGCAGGCCGGUACUGCAACUUUGCAAAUUGAUCAGAGACAAAUAAACCCGGAGACGACAAAGCAAAGUUCUCCUGUUAAAUCCGUUUCUAAUGUAUCCGAUUUCGAAGAGAGAGAAGGCUGUUGCACGUAUAAAAUACGGAACAGUUUUAUCCUUUGUUGUGGAUUUUUAUGUUUUGGUGCAUCUAUGGCUAUUAUGGGUCCGACAAUUCUAGAGUUAGGCUGCCUUAUUGGAAGCGAUGUUGGUUCAAUGAGUUGGGUGUUCUUUUCGCAGUCUUGCGCUGCCCUGUUCGGAGCCAUUUGCAGCGGGUUCAUCAUUGACCGGUAUAACAUAAAUUACAGCAUGUACCUGGCCGUUGUCAUCACUAUCCACGCGGCAGCCUUAGCAGUCCUCCCCUACGCCCGUCGACUUGGUUCUCUUCUAACGUUAACUUGUCUUCACGGCCUUUUUGGUGGUUUCCAAGACACGGCAACCAAUCUUAGGAUGAUUAUUAUGCAUGGUCAGGAGGUUCCUCCAUAUCUUCAGACGCUGUUCUUUUUCUACGGUGCUGGUGCGUUUCUAAGUCCACUGGUUGCAGGAAAUUUUCUAAGUGACGAGUGCAAUAAAGGAGAUGUUGACGCUAUAAAUGAGUUUGCUUUCGCAAGACGAAGAAGGCACAAUGGCAUGGGAAAGGCCCACUGGUUCAGCAGAAACACCGAGAAUGGGCUUCAUUUGGCCGCUGAAAAUGCGAAUCAACACGACAUCAUUCGAAUCACCUCUUCCAAUGUGCAUUAUGCAUACUGGAUAAUUGCAGCCUUGCAUAUUAUUGUCGCAAUCAGUCUACUAUAUUUCUACUUUUCGGAGAAACGGGAACGCCAAAGGCGACUGGAAUGGGAGAUGUCUAAUUCUGUCGCAUCUGAUGACGGUAGUCAGAAAGAUACAGUGUCAUAUGGGGAUGAAUCAAUGAGUUCUGUUAGAAGCGAAAUCGACCCUGAGAUCAAAGGACCGGUCAUCUGCAUCACAGUGUGGAUAGCAAUGAUGGUCUUCAUUUCAGACGGUCUACAAGGCUCCUUCGGCGCAUACAUAUACACGUAUGCAAUCAAAAGCGGCAACAAUGUGACCCCUGAUGACGCAGCCUACCUUAAUUCAUUGUUCUGGGGGGCUGUGGCACUGGGGAGGCUAUUCGCUAUAUUCAUAUCAAUUUAUGUCUCACCAAAGAUAAUGCUUUUCGUUGACAUAGUCGGAUGUCUUGCGUCAACAAUAGUGAUGUAUGUGCUACGGCAUCAAAUUAUAUCGCUGUGGGUUGGCACAGCUACUUUUGGGCUUUGCCUAAGCAACAUUUUCCCUACUAGUGUCUCAAUGGCAGAAGGAUAUUUCCGGUUGACAGGUACCAUAACAUGCAUAUUUGUGGUAUGUUCCGGAUCAGGCGAAAUGACCAUUCCUUUGAUAAUAGGAAAACUGUUCGAUGUGAUAGGCCCAUCUGGUUUUCUUGGUAUCAGCUGCAUCCUGUGUUUUGCUGCAGUUGGGAUUUAUGUAGCAGUGAUUGUUACUGGAAGAGGCCUAGCCCGGAAGCAAAGUGAACUAGUGCUAAGUCGCUAUAACUCGAAUGGAAGCUUAGAUGAAACGAAAGGGUUGUUGUCUGAAGAUGAACAGAAACCUGACGAUGGCCAUUUAGAAUUACACAUGAGUUCUGGCAGCAGUAAUGGAAGCAAAGGUGUGCAUGUGGAAAGUACACCAAGAACAGACGAUAAACAAUCCGAUAAAAAAGAUUUUAGCUGAUAUAAUCACAAUUAUAAUAAUAUAAUGAAAUGUCGGUAGCACAAAUCUCCAACAAUUACCACUACCCAUGUUU